AUGACAUCCAAGGACGGCUACUCGUGGACAAAAGCCCAAGGCCUCCGGGCUGGGGUUCCAUCUAUUGGUGUCAUUGAACCACCCUCAAAUGUCAAGAGCACCGAUACAGUCUACGAUGUUAUUGUUGUAGGCGCGGGCUAUUGUGGCCUCACAGCAGCUCGUGAUGCUAGCUUAGCAGGCCUGAAAGUGCUGCUACUUGAAGCCCGCGACAGAAUCGGCGGUCGAUCGUGGUCAUCCAACAUUGAGGGAUACCCGUACGAAAUGGGCGGCACAUGGGUAUACUGGGGACAAGCCAACGUGUGGCGCGAGAUUGCGAGAUACGGCAUGCAGGAUGAACUCGAGAUUUCUUACGACUUUUCCAGAGGAAUCAAUAAAUAUUUACUAUCAACACCACAAGGCGUACAGAGUUUCAGCCACGAAGAAGAGGAUGAACUCAUGCAAUCAUCGCUUGCCAAACUCGUCAACGUCGAUGGAUGCUAUGGUCGAAACGUUGUCCCUUUCCCUCACAGCGGAGUUCUCAGCCCCGAAGCUCGCAAGUACGACCACAUGUCCGUCGCCGACCGGAUUGCAGAAAUAAAAAACGACCUCACUCCUAACGAGCGCCUCUGCGCAGAAGCAUUCGUCCUGUUGUGCAGCGGAGGCACUCUUGAGACGACGAGUUUCUACGAGUUCCUCCACUGGUGGGCACUCAGCGGCUACUCUUACGAGGGAUGCAUUGACUACCUCGUCAAGUACAAGUUCCGCGGUGGCCAGUCGUCAUUUGCGAUCCGGUUCUUCCGCGAGGCCCUGGCCUCUGGAAACUUGACUUAUUCUUUCAACAGUCCUGUUGCAAGCGUCCAGCAUGGAGACGAGAGCGUUCAGAUCACGACACGUGCUGGCAAGACUUUCCGGGGAACCAAGAUGAUCUGUGCUAUUCCCUUGAAUGUCCUGAAUGAUGUCAAGUUUGAUCCACCCUUGGCGACGGGGAGAAAAGCAGCCGCCACCACUGGCCACGUCAACCAAUGCGUCAAGGUUCAUGCUGAAAUCAGUGAUCGAGAUCUUCGUUCGUUUACGGGCAUCAGCUAUCCGCACAACGGGCUCAUCUACGGCUUUGGCGAUGGGACAACGCCGGCUGGUAAUACGCAUGUUGUAGCCUUUGGUGGACAGCACAAUCACUUCCAUCCGGAAGAAAACGUUGAUCACACCAAGGCCGCGUUCGAAGGCUUCGCACCUAUGAGUAUCGAGAGAUUGGUCUUCCACAACUGGUCCAAGGAUGAGUUUGCAAAAGGAGCCUGGUUCUUCCCAGCACCGGGCUUGAUAUCCACACAUUUGAAGGAUAUGAGAGCAAGAGAGCACAACAUUGUAUUCGCAUGUUCCGACUGGGCACUGGGAUGGCGUAGCUUUAUAGACGGUGCUAUUGAAGAGGGAACCCGCGCUGCCAUUACUGUACGAGCCGAUUUCGCUGGUCGAUCCAAGCUAUAG